AUGCGUAACCUGCUUCAUGUUUCCUCAAGACUUGCAUAGCUACGGGAGGCCAGGCUCGAAAGUUACCUCGGCUUAAGCUGCUGAAUGUCAGUUAGCCUAGACUAAGCCCCCACCCUGGCAUGUGUUAGGAUGUCGUGUCUUGAGGACAAUACGCUUCACUCAUGAUGCACGACUCUCGUGUAUCAUCAUUUAUCGGACGAGGACGACUUACGAGUAUCUGAAAAUACCUCUUGAGAGAUAAUGGCGCCCACAUUUGCCGAAGCUACGGCUGUAAAAGCUACAGGUCCACACGCCUACGAAGCUCACUUCCCUUCAGAAUGGUGCAUCGGCUCAGUAACGCAUGGUGGUGUGGUGACGGCAACGUUGUUGCGCGUCGCAUCGGCGCAUUUCAGCACAACCUUGGCUAAGCAGAACCAGCCUCACACCAUCACAUUACACGCGGAGUUCCUACGGCGUACACACGCGGGAUCUGCCACCUUCGCAGUUAGGGAUAUGAAGCUGGGCCAGCAGACGUCAACAAUUCAUAUCUCGUUGACACAGGACGGACGCGAGGAGGUCGUCGCGUACUUGACAAACACGAAUAUGGAUACUGAGGCGGGUCUUACGUUACGCACGGGGUGGUCGCCAGAUCCGCCUCUCCCUUCGCCGCCUGUAAAUUUCACAAAACUAGCUACACAGGGCGAAGACGAGAAUUGGGUUGUGCUAAAGAAUCUGCCGCACCCAAAAUUACGGAAGGCCGUCAAUCGCGUCCGUAUGCACGUUCCGCGGGGUGGACAGGCGCGGCCCAACCUCGUCGAUGAGUGGAUACGGCUCGAAUCCGGCGAGCGCUUCACUUCGGAGGGCCUUGGGUUUGUCUCGGACAUGUGGCCGCAGUUGAUCGAAGGCUUGGUUAAACAGCAGGAGACGGGAGGAAAGGAGCCACCUAAGCAGAAAGACGGUGACAGCCAGCCUUGGUUGUGGUUUCCGACGUUGACGCUGAAUCUAGACAUCAAGAAGACGUUGCCGCCGGAGGGCGUCGAGUGGCUGCAUGUGCGCGUCCAGACGAAGCACAUCAAGAACGGGAGGUAUGACUACGAGGUGGUGGUCUUUGAUCAGAGCGGCGAUAUUGUUGCGCUUAGCCAUCAUGUUGCCAUGGUUCUAGACGGCACUCGGAAUACAGCGAAGCGUGUGACGGGUGGGAGUAGUAGUAAGAUAUAGAAGAUGUAGAUAGCAUCGUGAUCACUGUACUGUCUCUAGACUAGAUAUUUUAGACAGACUUUUCUAUCCCUUUUAAUACACACCUAGAUACCAGUCUCACCGGCUACUGCACGGGUUCGUUUCUUGAGGUAGACAUCUAAACUUUUAGGACUCGAUUCAUCGUUAUUAGGUAAACUGGGUGCCUCAAU